AUGCUGGCCACCCACAUCAUCCUUCUCCAGUUCUCCUCCGCCUCCGCGUUUGACUCUGCUCCGAGCCUAGGCAAAGCUGCAAAAUCUAGAGUGAGUGAAAUGGCGAGCGUGGCCUCAUCGAGGUGUUCCGGCCUUCUCUCGCCGAGCCUCGCCGAAGUCCGAUGCUGCUCCCGUCCGUCCUCUUCGCUCCGCCUGCGGCCGCGGUGGGGCCUGCGCCAGCCAAGGACCCUCGCCUUCGUCGCGCCGCCCGACUCCGCGGAGCCAGAGACGGAUGAGCAAGCUGUGAAAGCUGAGUCUACCGAAGAAGAGGCUCGGACUAGUACACUCCAGGAUGCUGGGCUUCCAGCUCUCCCAAAUAAGGAUCUCAACAGAAGGGUAGCACUACUGUCUACUCUUGGGGCGGUGGCUCUCUUUGCAUCCCAGAGGCUCAAUCUUAGCGAGGCGUCUCUUAAAGAUCUUGCAGCUAAUGCGGUGCCAUAUGAAGAGGCUCUUUCAAAUGGCAAGCCCACUGUUGUUGAGUUUUAUGCAGACUGGUGCGAAGUCUGCAGAGAAUUAGCUCCAGAUAUAUACAAAGUUGAACAACAAUACAAGGACCGUGUCAAUUUUGUAAUGCUGAAUGUUGACAAUACAAAGUGGGAACAAGAGCUUGAUGAGUUCGGGGUGGAAGGCAUUCCUCACUUUGCCUUUCUGGAUAAGGAAGGAAAUGAGGAAGGCAAUGUUGUUGGGAGACUUCCAAAACAGUAUUUUCUUGACAACGUGGUUGCACUUGCUUCUGGUGAUCCCAAUAUACCUCAUGCACGAGUGGUCGGUCAGUUCUCGAGUGCUGAAUCUAGGAAAGUUCAUCAAGUUCCUGAUCCCAGAAGUCAUGGCUAG